CCGAAGAGAGUCUGGUGCGGAAUGCUAAAUGGAUUCCAUGCGGAUCUGUUUUUUAAUAUAAACACUUGAUUUGUUUAUAUUCUUAAUAUAUAAACAAUAUAUUACCUUUUAAUAGCGCUGAUUCAGCCGAACUGCAAGACGGAGCAGCUCAACUUCUCAACUAAAAAUGACGAUGUGCUACGAACGCGAGGACUUGCUGUGGUUCCCCUCCUCGCCUGUGGGGGCACUGGACCAAGAAUCAUUGAAGGAAACAGGAAAACCUCUGAAGACACUCAGCUCAACUUCCUUCUUCAUGAAAGGCUUUCCGGAUGAUGGUGAAUCCACUCAGACUGGGAACGAUGUCGACGAUGAUUCCAGGACAUGCAGCAUGCCUGGAAUAUCCGAGGAAAUGUGGCAGAAAUUUCAGGAGCUGCGGAAAAAGAAAGAUGAAAUUAAGACAACAAAGAUCCACGAAAGAAGAAAAAGAAGACGCAAAAAAGAAAGAAAAAGCGAGGAAUCUACAGAGGACAGGGAGCGACAGGACGGCCGGGAGAAGCACUGGAAGGAGCUGAAGCAGUAUUUUGGUGUGAACGAUCGAUUUCAACCCCCUGCCUGCUCCAAGCCGCCUCUGAAGUCCGGCCUGGAAAAGAGCAUGGAGGAGGCCGUCGCUGAAGGGGACAUUGCAAAGGCGGAGGAGAUGAGCGACAGACUCGCCAGUCGAGAGAUGGCUGUGCAAAUCGCUCAGGCUGCUGAUUGCCGUGACUUUGUGCAUCGCAAACAGGAAGAGGAAGCGUUGAAAGCAGCGAGGAAGAGGAAGAGGCAGAUCGCCUGGGGGUUUGAGGCGAAGCAACGAUGGGAAACCAAAAGCAAUAUGGGCUUCAUGUGAUGAAAAUGGAGGAAGAGGAGUUAAUUUGAUU